UGCCCUUUUUUCCCUUUUUCUUCUCAGACAGUGAGACCUUUGCUGUGGCACCUGACCCACAGUGAGAGGGCUUGUCCCCCCUCCUCAUGUGGUUAGUUUCUUUCCUGAUUAAAAGUGAUUAGGUAGCCCUAAAGCCUGUAGAAAUGUGACCGAGGGGAACGGAGACAAAGAGUCCCUUCAAGAUAUCUUAAAUCCCCAGGACAGUAUUUAGAGAGCCCUGAGGAGAGAACUGGAGCAGAAAGACCCUGCCAGGACCUCCCUGUCCUUCUUCCUCCUGCUGCACCCUUCGUUGCCAGCAUCUCCUCCACCAUGUCAUUCUCUGAAGCAGAAGUACAAAGUGCCCGCGGUGCCUGGGAGAAGAUGUAUGUGGAUGCUGAGGACAAUGGGACAGCUGUGCUGGUCAGGAUGUUUACUGAGCACCCAGACACCAAGUCCUACUUCACACAUUUCAAAGGCAUGGACUCUGCUGAAGAGAUGAAACAGUCAGACCAAGUCAGGGGCCAUGGCAAGAAGGUUUUCACUGCCAUCAACGACAUGGUGCAACACCUGGACAAUUCCGAGGCUUUUCUUGGGAUAGUGAACCCACUCGGCAAGAAACAUGCCACUCAGCUGAAGAUUGACCCCAAAAACUUUAGGAUUAUCUGUGACAUUAUCUUACAACUGAUGGAGGAGAAAUUUGGUGGAGACUGCAAAGCUUCCUUUGAGAAGGCAUGAACAUCUCCAGGGCGUGGAUUUCACAGUGUAACUCCCAGCAAAUUAUUCUGGCUGUGUUCCCUGGCGAGGGCAAUAGCACCGAGCUCACUGGCUCCUGUGCUACUCAAGAGUGCACCCAGCUGAGAGAAGCUGCUGCCUCGCUGAGUGGGUGGCAUGGUGGGCUCAGCCCAGCAUGGGACUCAUCCUGUCCAGUUGCACAGCCUUGGCCUCCCUUCAGUGGUAACUGAGUCCUGAACUAUUUAAUUGCUUUUCUUCGUAUUCCUUAGACGUGGUGAAACAAUCAGCUAAUAACUGCAAAUAACCACAUGCUGGUUUGCUUCAGUGUAACACAAUAAACA